ACGACUGACAAGCAUCUGACAAGUAACGAAUGGACGAAUUGGACGCCGCGGUAGAUUUUAAUUUCCAGUUUUCAUGAAAAUAAAUUAGUUACGAACAGAUUCUUGAUCGAAAAAUGUCACCACUAAAUAACAUUUUUCGGCUGAGCAGCUGCUUAACAGGAAGUUAUAAAAACGUUUUAUUAGGCAGAACAAAUUGGCUAAGUCCAAUACAAAUAUGCACUUACACAAGAAAAUCUGCAGAAGAAAAACUCGGAAUAGAAAAGCCGAAAAGGCCCUUGACACCCUUUUUUAAGUUUAUGACACAGAUGAGACCAGCUCUACUGGCUAAGAACCCUGGAAUCAGCUCCAAGGAAGCGAUAGCUUGGAGCUCUAAGCAUUGGCAACAAUUAGAUAGUGAGACAAAGUCACAAAUGGUUAAAGAAUAUGAAAAAGACAUGGAGGACUACAAAAAGAUAAAAGAAAUGUACACCUCAUCAUUGACUGACGAACAGAAAGAAGAUAUUAAACGUGUCAAAGAAGAGAUGAAUGCUGCCAAAGAGAAACGGAAGUUGAAAGCUGAAUAUAAAGAACUGGGUAGACCAAAGAGACCAAUGUCUUCAUAUUUUCUGUUUGCCCAAUCAAGAAAUGAUUCAUUUAAAGGAAAAUCAAUCAAAGAAUACCAAGAAAUUGUGAAAAGAGACUGGUUAAAAUUGCCAGAGUCUGAACGGGUCAAAUAUGAAAAACAGGCUCAAGAUCUUAUGAUUAAGUACAAAAAAGACUUGGAAGCCUGGGAGAUAAAAAUGGUGUCAAUUGGCCGUUCAGACUUAGUCCGGGAAAAGAAGUUGCAACAGAAACCACCAAAAUCCCAGAAAAAGUCACAAUAGGAACUCGGGUGCUCUGAUGAAAUAACUGACACAAUUUAUACAGAAACAAGUCUUAGAAAUAAGGCUAAUAAUAUGAGUGUACAUAGUACUGUUAAAGAAACAAUAUAUAGUGUCAAUAAUAAUCAAACAGAAUCUUCCAAACCAGUCACUGAAAAUAAACCUAUUAUUCCGAGUUACAACACAGUGUCAGAAGAACAUCAGAGCACGGGUGAAAAGAAAAUAUCUUUCAUAAGUCAGAAUGAGUCUAAAGAAAACUCACAGGAUGUUAAAACACCUGGUAAAAGUAAAGAUGAGUUAAAAGAGAACUUACAGGAUGUUAAAAUAUCAGAUAAAAAUCUGAAUGACUUGAAAAACAACUCACAAGACAUCAAACUAUCUGAUAACAAUGAAAAUGAAUUUAAAGAAAAAUUACAGGAUGUUAAACUAGCUGAUAAAAAUCUGAACGAGUUAAAAAGAAACUCACAAGAUUUUGAACUACCUGACAAAAAUCAGAAAGAAAAUUCACAAGAUAAAAGUAAGACAAUCCUGAGUAGUAUUAAAAGCUUCUUUAAGUUUUAGUUGUUAGUUACUUUUAGUUUCUAAUUUUAAUUGUAAUGACUUAAUCAUUUUGAUGUACAAACUUUAAAGCAUUUUUCGCUUAGUAUGUGUGUUCAUAAAACUUAUACAUAAUU